AUGGAGUCCUCCCUCUGGCUUGUUCCAUUGAUGAUCGCAUUAGCUGCUAGUUGGAGCUCUACAUUAGUACAAGGCCAGCUGAAAAAUGGGUUCUACUCUUCAUCUUGCCCCAAGGCAGAGGCCAUUGUCAGGUCGGCGGUCGAAUCGGCCUUCAAGGACGAUCCUUCCAUUGCUCCUGGUCUGCUCAGACUUCACUUCCAUGAUUGCUUUGUUCAGGGCUGCGACGGUUCGGUGCUGAUUUCGGGCCCUAACGCGGAGAGGAGCGCGCCACAGAACCUUGGAAUACGAGGCUUCGAAGUGAUCGACGCGGCGAAAACCCAACUGGAAGCGUCCUGCCCCGGCGUCGUCUCCUGUGCUGAUAUUCUUGCUCUGGCUGCUCGGGAUUCCGUAGAUUUGAGUAAUGGUCCAAGCUGGGCAGUCCCUACGGGAAGAAGAGAUGGGAGAGUCUCUUCUUCUUCCCAGGCAGCGGUUUUACCGUCGCCCCUCGAUUCCAUUGCUGCCCAGAGGCAGAAAUUCGCCGCUAAAGGGCUCGACGAUCACGAUCUCGUCACCUUAGCUGGAGCACAUACAAUCGGACAAACAGAGUGCAGAUUCAUGAGCUACCGUCUCUACAACUUCACGGCGACGGGGAACGCCGAUCCGACGAUCAGCCAGUCUUUCCUCGCGCAGCUUCAGACGCUCUGCCCCAGAAACGGAAACGGUCUGAAGAAGAUUCCGUUGGACAGGGACAGCCACGGGAACUUCGACACCAGCUUCUUCAAGAACGUGAAGGCAGGGAACGGGGUGCUGGAGUCGGACCAGAGGCUGUGGGACGACGCGAACACGCGGCGGAUCGUGGAGAAUUACGCGGGGACGAUUCGGGGGCUUUUCGGGUUUCGAUUCGAUUUCGAGUUCUCGAAGGCGAUGAUCAAGAUGAGUGGCGUUGAGGUGAAGACUGGGAAAGAUGGAGAGAUUAGGAAAGUCUGUUCUAGGGUUAAUUGA